AUGACAAGGCGGCCGCUGCUGCACGGCGCAGUGCUGCUGCAGCGAGGGCGUCGUACUACCUACCCGAACGUGCAUGGAGUCACCGUGUUCGGGUUCCAGUCGAGCGCCAAGUCCUUCAUCCUGCACCAGUUCCAGUCGGUCAACGAGGUCGUCAACUACUCGAGCAGCAGCGGCGACAACUGGCUGCACUUGCCCUACGACACGAGACUACAGGUCGAGAAGGCGCUAAGCUACGACGGACGCACGCUUGCGAACGACAUCAUGAUCCGCGUCAAGAAGUGCUACCCGUCCGACCGGGACGCGAACGCGCUCAAUGAGACACCUGUAUCUAGCUACUUUGGCGCACCAGAGCUUGGGCUCGCGUGA